AUUGUUUCGUUUAACCUAUUUGGUUUUCCGUUUUCUAUCUCCAUCCUUAUCUGUUUCUACAGUAUCAUGACCGGCGAAGCCUUACCUAUUUCGGCAGCCUUUCUCCGCUCACCGGAUCCGAACCUGUCCAGUUAGAUUUCUUUGGGCUACACACUCACAGACGUUAUAAACCAUGUUUUCAUGGGGUGACGUAAAAAAGUUCUGCUGGAAGUAUAGGAUCAAAUAUGCUAGUAUACGUUAAAAUGGUGUGGAGUGGCGUGGUUUUGAAACACUGAGCGACUGCAAAUACAGUUACCGCUGGCGCUGGGGGUUUCAGUUUAUCCCUUUCAACCCCAACAGGCAACCUUCACAGAUUUGGCUGAUUUCCGAAGAUCUAGAAAGAAGAAAAAAAAUGUUGAAGUUCCUCUCAAAGGUAAAAAUUGAAUUCAACGCACUAGACCCACGCGUAGCCUCAUGUAUGGAGUUCUUAGCUCAAUGCAAUGCCCGCAAGGCCAAAGAAUCCAACCCUGCUUGCCAGGUUCUUGUCAAGCGCCGCACCGACGAUUUCCCACCACAGAUCACUGUUACUUUCGUCAAUGGCGUCGAGGAAGCUUUCGAUGCCACUUCUACUCCUGCACAGGCCAUUAGGACUAUGAUUUUGGAAAAGGGUCAGCUUCUUGAGACCGAGCAAAUGUUUCGUGAGGCUGGAGAGAAGUGGCCUGUUAUUAUCCCUGAAGAAGAGCUCCACCAGUUUGCUCCCGGUACUAAGCCAAGGAAGGCAGAAGAGAAGAAGCAAUAAUUGUAUGUUGUCUGUUCUACUUGCUGCAUGGGAAACUCUGGAUGACCAUAAGCUCUGCCGGAGCAAAGACAACUUAAUUUUUUGCGAGUUAUACCCCCUUUGUAGGCCAUGAUUUGAACCAUGCUAGUGCUGCUAGCAACAUAAGUUUUAAUUCUCCAUGGAAGUGUUUCGUAUGUCUUGAUUUUGAAACAAUAUUGCUUCUUUGUUGAUGCGUACUUGUGCUUUGAUACUGUUGCUGGAUAAAAUGCAGCCUGCUGUUCUUUAUUA